AGAGUCAUGUUGGAGCGUAUCCGGCCGCCGCCACGAGAGGAGCUGCCGCCAUGUCAGCACAUCUGCAAUGGAUGAUCAUGCUGAACUGCUCCAGCUUCUUGAUCAAGAGGAACAAGCAGACGUAUAGCACCGAGCCCAAUAACCUGAAGGCCUGCAGCUCCUUCCGGUACAACAGGUUCAUUCACCGCCGGACGGUGGGCAUGGAGCUGGCGGCAGACGGCAAAGGGGUCGUGGUGGUCAUGAAGCGGAGAUCCAGUCAGCGAAAGGCAGCCACUUCCAACAUGCGGACCACCAUCAACAAGAAUGCCCGGGCCGCCCUCGGCAGCAUCCGGCACGUGAUCCGAAAGAACAAGUACCGCCCGGGUUUGCGCGUGGCCGCCAUCCGGCAGGCCUGCGCGCCAGAAGCCUGUGAUAGCGAAGAGAAAGCGGACUCGCCCCACCAAGAGCUCCUGAGCGAUCUAUCCACGUCCCCAACGCAGUAAAGCUGUCAGCUGACUUGCCUAAAAAAAA